CUACAUCACCGUAAAGGUCAGCGCAUUAUUAAAGUGGCUUUCUGUUCAGGUCCAGGAAGACAUUGUUGUCACCCACACAGACAGGAGAUUUUAUUCAAAUUGUACUCGCGGUUAUUUCUUUUUGAACGUAGCUCUGUAAUGGGAUUAGUAGGUGGCAUAAAUCUGGAGCGGCUUUGCUGUCUUUGAGAAGAGUUGUGAUUUCAGCACGCUGGAGAGCUCCGUCUAAUGACGUCCGCCUUCAACCACGAGGGGUCGCAGUUCAGUCGUAUUUCAGCGCGGAACCCUAAAGCCGCGACUCCGCGACUGCACGGACUGGUUAGACUGUAACAUCCAUUGGCCUCAGAGAAAUCUCAAGACUCUGAGAUCAUGUUGUGAGGUGGAUCAACCAAGAUGGCUCAUCACCGUAUUCCGCUGGUAUUAUUGGCCUGUGGCUCCUUUAACCCCAUCACUAACCAGCAUAUGAGGCUGUUUGAGUUGGCCAAGGACCACAUGCACCGCACAGGCAAGUACCAGGUGGUGGGUGGCAUCGUGUCUCCUGUGAGUGACAGCUAUGGAAAACAAGGCCUGGUACCUUCUAAACACCGCAUUGCUAUGGCAAAGCUGGCACUGCAGAGCUCAAACUGGGUCAGGGUUGAUGAAUGGGAGAGUCAGCAGCAAGACUGGACGGAGACAGUGGUCACUUUGAGGCACCAUUAUGGACGUAUUCUGGAGGAGUACAAGCAGAACACGGGAGCGCAUACCAACUCCAGUGGUAACACAGCUCCCCUCACAAGUCCGUCUCUCAGUUUGAAGCUCCUAUGUGGAGCCGACUUCCUCAACACAUUCCAGAUCCCAGGCCUGUGGCUGGAUGAGCACGUGGACGAGGUCGCAGGGCAAUUUGGCCUGGUCUGCAUCAGCCGAGGUGGGCUGCAGCCCGAGCGGACGGUGCACGAGUCAGACAUUCUCUCCCGACACCAACAGAACAUUUACCUGGUGAAGGAGUGGGUGAAGAACGAGACGAGCGCCACUGAGAUGCGGCGAGCUCUGCGGCGAGGCCUGAGUGUGAAGUAUCUGAUCCCAGACUGUGUGAUCGACUACAUUCACCAGCACAGCCUUUACACUGAGGACAGCGAGAGGAAGAACACGGGCGCGGUUUUGAGGCCGCUCACCAAGCAGGUGUAUCAGCCGCCGGUGGACAGUGUGGACGACCCUGUAUGCACGUCUUUUGAUGAAGACCUUGAGGUCACAACCCUCGAGGAGGGCAGUAGUCGCAGUGGGAGGUGCGAGGCACGGUUAAAUCGGAUUAUAAUGAAUUUGGUUCAAAUUGAGGCUUGUGAUGGCAGGUUGCUGCACUGCAUCGCAACUAGCCAAACACAGCACACCUCUUCAGCGUCUGAGAUCACGGACCCCCGCAGAAACCCAGUCAACAUGCCUGCUGAUCUGAACGGAUAUUGGAAAAUGAUUUCCAACAAUAACUUUGAAGAUUACCUCAAGGCCCUGGAUGUGAACGUGGCCAUCAGGAAAAUCGCAACCCUGCUGAAGCCCGACAAGGACAUUGUCCACGACGGGGAGCACAUUGUCAUCAAGACCCUCAGCACCUUCAAGAACUACAACAUGGACUUCUACGUGGGCAAAGAGUUUGAGGAGGACCUCGCCGGAGUGGAUGACAGGAAAUGCAUGACCACUAUCGCUUGGGAGGGAGAUAAGCUGGUGUGCGUGCAGAAGGGAGAGAUCGAGGGAAGAGGCUGGACCCACUGGGUGGAGGGAGAUGAGCUUCAUUUGGAGCUCAGAGCAGGAGGAGCUGUUUGCAAGCAGGUGUUCAAAAAGUCCUAAAAAAAGGCUCUUGCUGAAUGGGCUGUUCCCUGGAUUGAUGAUGACUCACAGACAUAUUGGAUUAAUCUGACACAUGGACCAUUCCUGCAUCUCUCUGUGUAUUUAUCUAUUUAAUGCCAAUUAUGUUGGCCACAGUAGAAGUCUGUAUUCUAUUACUGCUGCAGCCUUACCCUACCAUAGCCUGUUACUCAUCAACAUGAUGUGGAGAUGGGAGAGCAGUAACAUCAGGCUCUAAAGGGUUAAUCCUUAUUAAUCAUAUACUUAUACUGAUUGUGUGAACUGUGUAGGACAAACAUCCCGACCCCUGACUUUUCAUAUCCAGAAUGAAUAUCAAACAUAAUGUGUGUGUAUAUAUAUAUUCCCUUUAGUUCCUUCUUACGGAAGGCCCGAUUGAUAGUUACAUUAAUAAAUCAAUAAAUUACUAAGUGCUCAACAAUGCCACUUGUUUUAUGAUCUCAUUUGAGUUCUUCAGUUUUUGGUUUCGGUAGGUUGUCACACAGAUUUGAAUCCUUUUCUGUAUUAUUUCUCUGGUGUGAUUUAACCUAUUGUUUCCCAAAGACUCAGGUGGGCCGCAAGAGAUUUUUUUGGGGGGGUCGUCUCACAUUAUGUUUCCCAGAAGUGUACGAAUAAUGUCUAUUGACUUGGGUCUUUGUGACUUUUAAAGUAUGGGUCCCCAGAAAAAACGUUUGUGAAACACUGGAUUAAACCACAUGUUCCCAAAGAAUAAACUUAAAAUAAACAUUAUAUAAACUUUAUUUCCAUUUAAGUUCCUCCAAAAAAUGCCUUAAUGCUAGGCACUGAUUGUUAGUAAGCACACAUUUUUAAUGUAAUUAUCAGUUUACUAAUUUGGCAGGAACAUUUUAAACACCAUCACUGUGAUGGAAUUCUUAGGAUGGAAAAAUGUCAAGGAACCUAGAACUGAAGAUUUCGGUUCAUAAAGCUGUUGGAUUUCAGUCAUUACUUUAUAUCUUGAGGGUGAUUUAAAGAACAUGUUGAGAGAUGCUUUCAAAAACAUCAAUAAGAGAGAGAGAGAGAGAGAGAGAGGAAAGAAGCGAAUAAAUCCCAGAUGGUAGUAGAUUCGUCAUUUUAAGGAACCAAACCAACAAAUGCAACUCAACUGAAAAUGAGAGUUUUUUUCUGUUGUAUUGUGUAUUGUCAAGAAAGUGUUAGUGAUGACCACUGACAGCAGGUGUACUUCAGAUCCUUCUAGAUGUUUUUACUGCUGCAGAGACACAAGGGUUUUAUCGACUCUGGAGACUUCUUGAAACCUUCCUCUCUGCUGUUCACCUGUUAUAUAGUAUGUAAGAACACUCUCCAUGGGCCAGUGGUGGAUGGUGUGAGCAGACAGGAUGUACUUUUCCAGUGUCUGUGAGAAAUAAAUCUGCUGCCUGGGUCUUUUUUCCCAGGCCAGGGGAGAGACCCUCUCUGUGAUCCCACCCCCGAGGUUCAAGUUAUUUAUGUUGGCUGUUGUUGGUGUACCGGUCUGUCAACAUGUAGUACACCCAGACAGACCACUGAAAUAAACAUUCCUUAAUUUGCUGUUGAUACAGUGUUUUUAACAGGCAUAAUGCUGACCUUGACGCACACAGGUGAAGCUCCAUAUGAGCAUCAGCCACACUCAGUACUGUGAAUCAGCUGAUCUGUCAGUUCACCCACUGCAUUUCAAUCACCGACCCCACACUUGUUUUGCUGCUGCUCGUCGUGUUUUUUUUUUCCUGCUUCCUGCUGCUUUUUCUGUAUUCAUAGCCCACCACCAACCAGGCCUGUUCCUGCAGGCUCUGUUUAUGUAUGGUUCUCCAGGGGGUGAAUAUUGAUCCCUCCCUGCUCCAGCUACGGCUGGUUCAAAAAAUGAUGCUGUCAGGGAGAGGAGGAAACAGGAGUCUGAAGCCAGCUGAAAAAGCCCUAUUUACAUUUAUUCUUCAUAAAAAUGCAUAACGAUAUAGAGAGAUAUUUACUGGGAUUUUACUAGUUUAAGUCCAAGAAAAAUUGGAAUAUAUAUUUAAGAAAUGUACAGCAUAAUAGCGGGGAUAAAUAAAUCAAGUAUUGUUUAAAACGUUUUUUUUAUAUAUAUAUUUGCAAUGUCAGGAAUACAAUAUAUUUUAAUGCAAAUUAUUUUCUAGCAAAUAGCUAUUUGUUUGUAGUUAGUUAUCUGUUUUGUUCCCAAGCCUAUAGCACAGCAAUGGGCAAGGGUAUUUGUCAAAAGAGUGUGUUUUUUUUUUUGUUUGUUUUUUGUUUUUUGUUUUGUGAGAAUAUAUUAUUUCAAGAACUUUCUUUGGGGUUACUGUGAGACUUACUUAUUUUUCAGUCAAAUAUGAUCGAACUGAUCAUCUAUAGAAAGUUUUACGUCUUUUGUGUUUUUUAUAUUUUCAUAACAUUUUAAAUCAAAUGUCUGAAACGUUUCUACCUUUACUGCACAUAAACCAAUUGUUGGCUGUAAUUAAUGUUACAGCCCUGAAGGACUUUUUAACUGCGUCUCACACACACAUUUAAUUUAACUAAUCUUUUUUUCCACUGGCGUCUAAUGCUGGGCCAAACUACUGCGCAAUGCUGCCCAUUCAAUACAAAAGAUAGAAAGAGUCGGUUGACCCUUCUCCUCCUCCCUUUCCCAAAACAAACGACCCCACCAAU